ACCACUUCUCCCAAGCGCAUCGCAUUGUCCGUCUUUUCGUCCGCUCCUAGCCCAAGUACACUUUGCUUUAGUAGAAUCAUUACUUCACAUAUCCUAGUCGCUUAGCCUUCAUCAUUAGACAUUGAUCCUCAGAGUCGGUGUAACCUUUCAUUGGAAAGAGAUGGAAAGAAAGCGCAUAGCAAUAGUCGGAAGCGGUGUUUCCGGUCUCUCCACCCUCUGGACGCUCCGCAACACAGAGCACGAAAUCCACCUCUUCGAGAAGGAAGAUAGACUGGGAGGCCACACGAAUACAGUGACAUGGGUGCACAAUGGACAUUCUGCGCCCGUCGACACAGGCUUUAUCGUCAUGAACACGGCUACCUAUCCAAACUUUAUCGCUUUCCUCAAAACCCUAGACAUAAAAACAAUCCCCUCCCAAAUGACCUUCGGCAUCUCCCGCGACGCCGGCGCCUUCGAAUGGUCCGGCACCUCCCUGUCCGCCCUCUUCGCACAACCCAUCAACGCACUCCGCCCCUCCUUCUGGCGCAUGAUCUUCGACAUCAUCCGCUUCAACCUCUUUUCUCUGGAUCUCCUCUCCUCGCCUUCAAACCCCUCCAACGACCUCAGCAUCGGCGAGUACCUCGAAAGAGAGGGCUACUCCGACGCUUUCAGAGAUGACUAUCUGAUCCCGAUGACGGCGUGCGUCUGGUCUACGGGACCAGAUAAGUGCGCGUUGGAGUUCCCAGCAGUUACGUUGGUGAGGUUUAUGUGGAAUCAUCAUUUGCUAUCCACCGUUGUGGAGAGGCCACCGUGGUUGACUAUUGAGGGUGGCUCAAAGAAGUAUGUUGAUGCUGUUAUGAGGAACUGCCAAAAGGUUACUGUUCAUCAAGGUUUCGAGGUUGAGUCUUUGAAACGAAAGGAUGGGCUGGUGGAACUGAUCGUGGAUGGAAGUAGGGGACCGAGGUCUGAACUUUUCGAUGAGGUUGUGUUAGCUUGUCAUGGUGACCAGGCAAGAUGGAUCCUUGGUGACGCAGCGACUUUUGAAGAGAGGGAAAUCUUGAGUGCGUUUGAGACGACGCCGAAUAUGGCGUUCUUGCAUUCUGAUCUUUCCCUCAUGCCCAAACGUCGCUCCGCGUGGUCUUCAUGGAACUACCUCACGUACUCUCAGCCACCUUCUAAACCCACCAACUCCUCCUCCAGCGCCCUCCAAACAGUAUCUCUAACAUACGACAUGAACAUCCUGCAAUCCAUCCCAACCUCCACCUUCGGUGACGUUCUCGUCACUUUGAAUCCACAAACGCCGCCAUCCCCGGCGCUCACCCAAGCUACUUAUGAAUACAGGCAUCCGCUGUACAAUGCGCGCAUGGUCACCGCUCAGGAAGAGCUGGAGAAGAUACAGGGUAAGAGGGGAGUAUGGUAUGCGGGUGCCUGGACAGGGUACGGGUUCCAUGAGGAUGGGUUUUCGAGCGGGAUGCGGGUUGGGAUGAGGCUCGGCGGGAGUGUGCCAUGGGAAGCGAAAAACGCGAAGUUUAGCAGGGGAACGAGGCCGACGCUGGGCUGGAAAGAUCACUUUGCUCGGCUGGUCGUCUGGAUAUUGCAAUUAUACGUCUCGAUCUUGGAAUACCUCUUGGGAGCGCGAAGACCACGUAAUGCGUCAAAGGGUGGGGCGUAUGCAAACGGUAACGGCGUAGCGAAUGGAAAAGUGAAGGCGCUGCAACCCGGCGGCAAUGCGGGAAGGAUCUUGAUAGCGUAGUUCCGGUGCUGAUUCACAUCAGUGUCUCCAAGAUCACACAAAAGCUCGGCACGUAAUGCCCCCAGGCCAUUGAAUCCAUCAAUCGUGAUUUAUGCCAUUGAUUUUGGAAGAAUCCUGAUAAACCGAUGAUCGUUACAGAACCGACACGAUCGGAACCUGCAUGCUGAUGCGAGCCAUUUCACGCUCGAUAUGA